UGUUGUACAGUACGUGCAUCGUGUAUGUGGCCGGCCGUGCGUGCGUGACAACGCCCGUCAAUAAUAAUAAUAAUACGUCGCUGUCGCCAUUUUACCGCUGAGCACAGAUCUGGAAACAGCGCUUUCUGAGCGUUGGUGAAACUACCUGGCAAGAACCUAAUGCUGUCUUCCGUUUUGUAACGCUAAAACUUGUGGUUUCUUCUAAGUGAAAAUACUGACUGUAUUGUAAUUCUGACGUUUUUCGGUAUGGAAGUUGCAAGGCGAAAAACCAAGUUGACGAGUAAACGUAGUGAUGAUAAAGAGAUCGUAGCGGAAGCUUUCACCAUCCAAUCACAAAUGAAAAAUGCUAAAGUUGUCUGUCCACCUAAGGCAGGUGCGUUCGUGGAGCAGGAGGGGAGACCCACAGCAUUUAGGAAAUUUUACGAACGAGGUGAUUUCCCAAUUGCUCUUGAGCACGACACAAAAGGGAACAAGAUCGCUUGGAAGAUUGAGAUAGACAAACUUGAUUAUCAUCACUACCUUCCACUGUUCUUCGAUGGGUUAAAGGAAACCACUCACCCCUAUGAGUUUUUCGCCAGACAAGGAGUUCAUGACUUGUUGGAGCAUGGUGGGAGCAGAAUUGUACCAGUUAUCCCCCAGCUAAUCAUGCCUAUCAAAGAAGCUCUGAGUUUGCGAAGCCGAAAGGUCCUUUGUACUACCUUUAAAGUUCUACAGCAAUUGGUGAUAUCAGCUGACCUGGCUGGAGAGGCGCUUGUUCCAUAUUAUAGACAGAUCCUUCCAAUCCUCAAUAUCUUCAAAAACAUGAAUCUGAACAUUGGAGAUGGCAUUGACUAUGGGCAGCAAAAGAGGGAGAACAUCGGUGAUCUUAUCGAAGAAACCUUAGCAGCACUUGAGAAGCAUGGUGGUGAAGAUGCUUUCAUCAAUAUCAAGUACAUGGUGCCAACAUAUGAGUCAUCAAUUCUGAACUAACCACCGAAAUGAACAGUUCAUGUACCUGAAUUUAAGUUCUAAGAGCAUUACCCAUGCCAUGUUCAUUGUAAAGCAACUACCAUUUUUUUUUCAUUGGUCAACAUAGUAACAUCAUACAUGUAGAUGCCUGAUGACAGAAAUUUUGGAAGUUCCAAGUGCAUCAGUUGUAGAAGUAAAUUUAGCAGUUGUUUUAUAAUCAAAACUGUUACUUAAUUCCAAAUAAGUAAUUUGUCGUUAGCAGUUGCAUUCAUAACUAACUGUGAAGUUCUUUAAAUUUUUCAUUGCUGUGAGCUUCUGACGCAUUUGAUAGCAAUUUAUCUUGGUACUCCUAAUGAAGUGCUCAUACUUGUUAUAUUUCUGAUGUGUAAACAUGUAUUUAUGCAGUCUUUACAGUGGGUGAUUUAAAGUGUAGCUACCAAUUAUAUAGCUCUUUGAUGGAUGACAAACUUUCACAUAUAGCUCGUCAACAAAUUA